AGGCGCGCCUCGCUCCGGGACCAUGCACCCCUUCAACAGGCAGCACGGCAGCCGGCUGCGGCCCCGGACCAGCCCAGAUCGACAUGGGCGCCUAUCUCCGGACGACCGGAGAUUAGACGACAGCCUGCUGGACGCUGAUCUGUUCCCGUCGAAGACGGCCGGGAGCAGCCCGCUGGCCGCGAGGCGCAGUCUGCCGCACGACCAGGACAUUCUGCGCGCCAAGGAGCAGGUGCUCGUGGGCUCGCUCAGUCGAGGCUCCUGCUGCGAGGACAAGGACAACUCCCAGAGGCUGGGGCCCAACACGCAGGACAUGUUCGAGGUGCUCAGGACCGCUUCGCGAGCCCGCGCCGGCAGCAAUGCACAGCCGAACCACUUCGGAUCCAACCUCUUUAACUUGGUGGCAAACAUCACCUUGAAAGUUGAUGGCUGCAAAGGCGAGUUUACUCCACUUACAUGUGCCAGUUAUUCUGAAGAUAAGCCCGAUAUUACGAAUUCGGGUGAUAAAAACACUGAUAUAAACACUUCAGAGGAGAUUUUUAAAGAAAUGGAAAAUGACAAAAAAAGUAGUGUUAAAGGAAUAUGCUGCUCUCAUUAUGGUGAUUACAAUUUUAAUAAGGAGGGCCAAGAAAUGACAGACGACAAUAGAGGUGCUCAAGAAUGUAUCACUGUUCCUUUGAAUCCUUCGUGCUCGGGUUGUAUGCGAGAGACCGAGUUGGAGUCAUCAUCCAAAGAGUGCAGCUCUAGUUCAAGCAAUGUUGAGCCACAUCAUCACCAGUUCAGUGACAAUGAAAUUAGUUCGGAAAAUGCAUCAUCGGUUUAAAUUGAACCACAACAAUUUCGGCUAAAGUGGUGUUGAUCUUCUCCCUGAUGCUCCUGCAGAAAGUAUUCCUCUGCUCUAACCCACCAUUUGGGAGUGCGAACCAGUCUUGAUCUCCCACUGCACUGCCGUGUUGCUCAAGAAAGUAAUCUUAGGCUCUCUUCCCAAACAUUCAGUCCUCAGGGGGUAGAACAGUCAUUCACGUUCAACAUGCAUCACAACUUUCUCUCCGAUUUGGUCUAGGAAGGAGUAAGUGAAAUGUACGUGUUCCAAGGAAAUUGUGUUAAACGCUGUACUAUUCUUUCUUAUCGGAUAUCAUUCAGAACAUUUAAGAUAUUUCUAAAGUUUUUUUUAAUAAUUACACAGUUAAUAAUAUAUUUUUGCAAUGAAACUGUAGCUUUGUGUAUUGUAUGGUGCAAAUAAAUGAAAAAGUUAGUUGAAUGCCACCACCAUGUGAAAAUAAUAACAAAAAUUUUCCAUAAAGAA